AUGAAAUUCUCCAUCUUCCUCGUCGCUGCCAUCGCCAUUCUUGGUGUCGUCACAGCUACCGACCAGCCUGCCGUGACAACACCAGCCGAAGCUCUCAAGAAGAUUCAGGCGUCCGCCUUACCCGAUGGCGUCACGCUAACUGGUACGACGGAGAAGAUUGACCCACCUGCUACUGCAGUUGUCGCGAAGGAAUCACAUACCCGUGAUGACAAGGAUGAUGACGAUGAUGAAAAGGAGCAAUUUGGCUGGGGUUUAGGAGGUCUUGGUGGAUGGGGCCUCGGCGGCUGGGGCAGUUGGGGAGGCUGGGGAGGAUAUGGACCCUAUCGCUUCGGCUUUUUGCGAGGUGGCCAGGGAGGGCCGGCGUGCGUAAGGCAGUAUCUCGUCAUGCCUUCGAGCAUGCAUGAGAGGCAGUAG